CACCAAGUCUCUUCUUCUUCCUGUGCUGGUUAGCCAUGGCGGCCGUGAAGACCCUGAACCCCAAGGCCGAGGUAGCUCGAGCCCAGGCAGCGUUGGCGGUGAACAUCAGCGUGGCCCGGGACCUGCAGGAUGUGCUGAGGACCAACUUGGGGCCUAAAGGCACCAUGAAGAUGCCGGUUUCGGGAGCUGGAGACAUCAAGCUCACUAAAGACGGCAAUGUACUGCUUCAUGAAAUGCAAAUUCAGCACCCAACAGCCUCCUUAAUAGCCAAAGUAGCAGCAGCCCAAGAUGACAUAAUUGGUGAUGGUACCACUUCCAAUGUCCUAAUCAUUGGUGAGCUACUGAAGCAGGCAGAUCUCUACAUUUCUGAAGGUCUUCAUCCCAGAAUGAUAACAGAAGGAUUUGAAGCUGCAAAGGAAAAGACACUUCUGUUUUUGGAACAAGUCAAAGUAAGCAAAGAAAUGGACAGGGAAACACUUAUAGAUGUGGUCAAAACAUCUCUGUGUACUAAAGUGUAUGCUGAACUUGCUGAUGUCUUAACAGAGGCUGUGGUAGACUCCAUUUUGGCCAUUAAAAAACAAGAUGAACCUAUCGACCUCUUCAUGGUUGAGAUCAUGGAGAUGAAACAUAAAUCUGAAACUGAUACAAGCUUAAUCAGAGGUCUUGUUUUGGACCAUGGGGCACAUGGGGAUAUGAAAAAAAGAGUAGAAGAUGCAUACAUCCUCACAUGCAAUGUGUCAUUAGAAUAUGAAAAAACAGAAGAGAAUUCUGGCUUUUUUUACAAGAGUGCGGAAGAGAGAGAGAAGCUUGUAAAGGCUGAAAGAAAAUUCAUUGAAGAUAGAGUUAAAAAAAUAAUAGAAUUGUAAAAGAAAGUUUGUGGUGAUUCAGAUAAAGGAUUCAUUGUUAUUAAUCAAAAGGGAAUAGACCCCUUUUCCUUAGAUGCUCUUGCAAAAGAAGGUAUAGUAGCUCUGUGUAGAGCUAAACGGAGAAGUAUGGAAAGGCUGACUCUUGCUUGUGGUGGAGUGGCUCUAAAUUCCUUUGAUGACCUAAGUCCUGAUUGUUUGGGACAUGCAGGACUUGUCUAUGAAUAUACAUUGGGAGAAGAGAAGUUCACUUUUAUUGAGAAAUGUAACAAUCCUCGCUCUGUCACAUUAUUGAUCAAAGGACCAAAUAAGCACACACUCACACAAAUCAAAGAUGCAAUAAGAGAUGGCUUGAGGGCUGUUAAAAAUGCUCUUGAUGAUGGCUGAGUUCCAGGAGCAGGUGCAGUAGAAGUGGCAAUGGCAGAAGCCUUGAUUAAGUACAAGCCCAGUGUAAAGGGCAGGGCCCAGCUGGGAGUUCAAGCAUUUGCUGAUGCAUUGCUCAUUAUUCCCGAGGUACUUGCUCAGAAUUCUGGUUUUGACCUUCAGGAAACACUAGUUAAAGUUCAAGCAGAACAUUCAGAAUCAGGUCAACUUGUUGGUGUGGACCUGAACACAGGUGAGCCAAUGGUAGCAGCCGAAGUAGGCAUAUGGGAUAACUAUUUUGUAAAGAAGCAGCUGCUUCGAUCCUGCACUGUGAUUGCCACCAACAUUCUCUUGGUUGAUGAGAUCAUGCGAGCUGGAAUGUCUUCUCUAAAAGGUUGAAUUUGAAGCUUCCUUCAUGUCAUCCAAAUCAUGAAGACUAUAGAGUGAUUCUAAGAAUAUAGCGACAAUUUUGUCCAAGCUUCAAACAAUUUUCAAAAGCAUCUUCUUUUCCCAUAUGAAAACAGAGAACACUGACACCUAAAUUCUGAAGUU